GACGGGGUGAUGAAGUAGCCGCGCGCCAUACGAACGACGGCGGUAGGCGCACUACGAGUAGGGCGCUGGUCGACUCCGAAACCCAGUGGAAGAUACGACUUGUUGGCAGUUACCACGAAUAAAUAUUCACACGACUGUUAAACCAUCCACCCUCUAACGCAUCGAGAGCCAUCGACAGGGGCCGUAAAAUACCUCUGAGCAAAGAAUAAAGAGCUUAUUUAUAAAUAUAUAAACGAAAAAAAAAUAUAUAUAUUAUAUAUAAAUUUAUUAAAAUAAGCUGAAAAUGUCGUCUUCAGCUGUAGCGAAAACUUCAAAAUACACCUAUCGUAGCAGUGGAGGUGCUGGUCAUGCUGAUGUUAGCAUUGAGUACAGCGCUGACCUUAGUGCCCUUACGAGACUUGAGGACAAAAUUCGUCUUCUUCAUGAAGAUCUUGAGUCCGAGAGAGAAUUACGUCAAAGGAUUGAGCGCGAGCGUGCCGAUCUCAGUGUCCAAGUUAUCCAGCUGUCUGAACGUCUUGAGGAAGCUGAGGGUGGCGCUGAAUCUCAAUUUGAGAUAAAUAAGAAGAGAGACACUGAGCUUUUGAAGUUACGUAAAUUGCUGGAAGAUGUUCACCUGGAGAGCGAAGAGACAGCUCACCACCUGCGUAAAAAGCACCAGGAAGUCGUGGUCGACUUCCAGGACCAGAUCGACCAGAUGUCAAAAGCUCGCGCCAGGGCGGACAAAGAAAAAGCGAAAUUCCAACAAGAAGUAUACGAACUCUUAGCCCAACUGGAUAGUGUAACAAAGGAGAAGGUGCUCUCAAUGAAGACCAUUGAGAAAUUAGAGAUCCACGUGUCGGAGUUGAACGUUAAGAUCGAGGAGCUGAACCGCACGAUUGUGGACAUAACGAGCCACAAGACUCGUAUGUCUCAAGAAAAUAUCGAAUUGGUCAAAGAAAUCCAGGACCUUAAAGUGAACAUGGAGAGCAUCGUUUACACCAAGAGCCAGUUGGCCAGUCAACUGGAGGACGCUCGUCGUCGUCUUGAGGACGAGGACCGCCGACGCGCGAUGGUCGAGGCUUCAUUGCACCAAGUCGAGACCGAGCUCGAGUCCGUCCGUGUUCAGCUCGAGGAGGAAUCCGAGGCACGUUUGGAUCUGGAACGUCAGCUGGUGAAAGCCAGCGGCGAAGUACAAAUCUGGCGGUCCAAGUACGAAACUGAAGCCAACGCUCGUGUUGAAGAGGUAGAAGAACUGCGUCGUAAAUUCACUUCUCGUAUUCAAGAACAGGAGGAGCAAAUCGAAAAUCUUUUGGUCAGAAUAAACAAUUUGGAGAAGCAGAAGUCACGUUUGCAGUCCGAGGUCGAGGUUCUCAUAAUUGAUCUUGAGAAGGCCAAUGGAACUGCUCGGGAGAUGCAAAAACGCGUUGAACAUUUGGAGAAGGUUAACAUUGAAUUAAAAUCACGAUUGGAGGAGACCGUUGCUCUGUAUGAGCAGAGUCAGCGUGAUCUUCGAAACAAACAACAGGAGCUUAUGAGAUGCAAUGCUGAGUUGGAGAAAACACGUGACCUUAAGGAACAACUUGCACGUGAAAACAAGAAACUUGGAGAUGAUUUAACUGACGCUAAGAACCAGUUGGCUGACAUGAACCGGCGUCUCCAUGAAUUGGAACUCGAGCUUCGUCGUCUGGAGAAUGAACGUGAAGAAUUAGCAGCCGCUUACAAAGAAGCCGAAGCUGGUCGCAAGGUCGAAGAACAACGAUCCCAGCGUUUGUCAGCUGAACUCAGCCAACUUCGUCAUGAAACUGAGCGUCGUCUUUCUGAAAAGGAUGAAGAAAUAGAAUCAAUCCGCAAGCAGACCAGCAUUGAAAUUGAACAACUUAAUGCCCGCGUGGUUGAAGCUGAAACUAAAUUGAAAACUGAAGUCGUUCGUAUAAAGAAGAAGUUACAGAUACAGAUCACUGAAUUGGAAUUGUCAUUGGAUGUUGCUAAUAAGAAUAAUAUCGAUCUGCAGAAAACUAUCAAGAAGCAAUCGCUCACUUUGACAGAAUUGCAAGCUCAUUAUGAUGAAGUACAACGUCAAUUGCAAGUUACACUCGAUCAAUUGGGAAUAAGUCAACGCCGACUUCAAUCAUUGACUGCCGAAACUGAAGAAAUUCGCGGCAACUAUGAAUCCGCACUACGCGCAAAGAGGAAUGUUGAGCAGCAAUAUGAAGAGUCGGUAAGCCGUAUCAACGAGUUGACAACAAUGAACGUAAACUUAUCUUCAGCAAGAUCAAAACUUGAACAAGAAUUGACAGCUCUUGCUGGUGACUACGAAGAAGUUACCAAGGAAUUAAGAAUUAGCGACGAGAGAUACCAGCGCGUGCAAACGGAGUUGAAGCACACCGUUGAAAUGUUACACGAAGAACAAGAGCGUAUUGUCAAGAUCGAAUCAAUCAAGAAGUCAUUGGAAAUUGAAGUUAAAAAUGUGUCCGUACGUCUUGAGGAAGUUGAAGCCAACGCAAUCGUUGGCGGCAAACGUAUCAUCAGCAAACUUGAAUCCCGGAUUCGCGACUUGGAACUGGAGCUGGAUGAAGAGAAGCGCCGACACGCAGAAACAGUUAAGAUUCUCCGUAAAAAGGAGCGCAACAUCAAGGAAGUUAUGAUCCAGGUCGAGGAGGACUCGAAGAACAUUGCUCUGCUACAAGAAUCUCUGGACAAGGCUCAGCAGAAGGUAUCAAUCUACAAGAGACAACUUCAGGAGCAAGAAGGAAUGUCCCAACAGAGUGUGACCCGAGUCCGGCGAUUCCAGAGGGAACUUGAGGCUGCCGAAGAUCGCGCUGAUACUGCUGAGAGCAAUCUAACCCUGAUCCGGGCUAAACACCGCAGCUUCGUCACCACAUCGACUGUACCCGGAUCACAAGUUUACCUGGUCCAGGAAUCGAGGCAGGAGUUAAACUAAUUUAUUAUCAACAUCUUUAUUUCCAAAAAUAAAUGCCUCCAUUUAUCAAACAUCUUUUCAUUCAUUAUUAAUAUUAUUAUUAUUAUUAUAAAUUAUUAUUAUUAUUAUUAUCCUUGAUGUACUCGAUUUAAUGUGUACUGAAAACACAAAUUGAUUUAUUUAUUUAAUAAUUUAAAAUUAAAACGCUAAGUAAAAUUCAUUUUAAAAAGGAAACGAAUCAUCGAGAACAAAAGGAUACAAAUUAAAAAAAAAAUAAAUUAUAUUAUUAAGAAAAAAUAAAAUACUUUGAUAAAAAAAAAAAAAAGUUAAUUAAAAUGAGGGUGAACACGACAGCUUAAUUGUAACUGACCAAAAUUUUUGGGUCGAUCAAUAUAUAUUUUAUUAUUAUUAUUAUAAUUAUUAUAAUUGUUAAUUAUUAACUAUUAUUACUAAUUAUUAAUUAUUAUUAUUAUUAUAAUAUUUUUCUUUUCCAUCGUAGAGACGAAAAAAGUAAAUAAAUAAAACGGAUCGUCCCUGGAUUUAUAAAAAAAAGCUAAAUAAAUAAAUAAAAAAAGUAAACUAUUUUAUUUUUAUAAAAAAUUAAAACAGUAACAGUGAGAAAAAAA